ACAAUUUGUCAGUGUAAUAAAUUCGUUGCGUAGUCUUCCACGACAAUCGCUCGUUUCUGUGUGUUCUUCCAGUCGAUAAAAAUGUCCCGAAAAAUAUUUCUAAAUCGGACCCGAGCUAAAAUUAAUUCCGAUUCUUUGGAGGAAGAGGUACAACAAAAGUUUAUUGUGCAAGAUGACGAAGUCUUCAUAAAUCGACUGACAGAAUUGAAUGCUUUAUGGAGCGAUCUACUUGAGCAGAAGAAGUCUAUUUCUAAAUUGAGAGAGCAGCUGCAAUGCUCAGUAGGAAAUCAAUUAGGACUCGACGCAACGUUGGAUGCAAUAGAACAACAACUUCAGCAAGAGUUUGACAAAGUAUACGCGACCCUCAAGCCAAAGUUUUCGAAAAAUGUCGAAAUUGGACUGGCUGCAGCAGACAAUACAACGGCAGUUAGCGGUUCACCGCACAAACGUGCACGGCAAUGUGAUGAUGAAAGAAGCGAUGAAGAAAUUCUAAAAGUUUCGUCGGAUAAUGAACAGAAGCACGAACUACCAGUAGGAUUACCACGAGCAUCUGAACAUGCGAUGCAAUUGCACAGUUCACCACCAAAGAAGCAGGUUCGGCUCGAUCGGAAGGGAAAGAAUAGCGCUAGUGAAUCGAAUGGUUCCGAAUCCGAUGUUCACAUCAUUGAAGUGAAUCAGCCAAACAAUUCCAAGGAAUCGACUGCCAAAGUUGCACUGGAAUGUCAGCUGGCGGAAGAAACGUUUCCACAGCUAGCCAAUUUUAUGAAGCAAUCGGGUGAUACGUUGGAAAGGAGGAAGCGCCAGCCACUUUUCAUGCGGAAAAGAAGAGAUACCUUUCUUAAGAACACUCAGGAUGGUCGUAGCGAAUCGGCAACGCACUCCUGUGCAGAGUGUAGCAAAACAUUCCUUCUAAAGAGUAACCUGUCCCGACAUUUGGUAACGCACACUGGUGAAAAGCCAUACAAGUGUGAAGAAUGUGGUGCUGCUUUUACUCGAAAUACCAGUUUAACGAGGCAUCAAAGGGUCCAUUCUGCUCCGACGCGAUACGAAUGUCAAACCAUUCAUACCAAAAACCGAAAAAUUUAUUUAGAAGGUGCGAGGCCGUUCGAAUCUCACAGAAUUUCAGAUGAGAAUCCGUUUACGUGUGACGUCUGCAGUCGAUCAUUUCGGCAGAAGUUUAAUUUAUUGGAGCACAUGUACAUUCACAGCGGUCAAAAGCCGUAUGAGUGCAAAGUGUGUAAUAAUACCUUUCGUCAACGGUCCGCGUUACACACGCACCGCAAAGUCCACAGUGACGUAAGGGAGUAGCAAAUAUCCGUAUUUUUAAACGAUUCCAAAAUUUCGAACAAAUCAUCGAGCGACUAAGAGCAUCAUUGGAACGACGUGUACCUGAUGCUUUCUAUUUAAUUUUUUUGUUUUUGUUUAUUAGUCUUGUAAGAUCGUCGUCAACUUAGUUAAUUAAAUUUUGA